AUGGCUAUUUCCAUAAUCGAGGAUCCGGAGAACCCGUCUCUGGAUCAUGAAUCUGACUACCCAGACGGUGGUUGGCGUGCAUGGAGUGUGGUUCUGGGCUCCUGGUGUGCUAUGGUGCCAUCAUUUGGGUUGUUAAACACCAUUGGGGUGCUCGAAGCGUGGUUGGCAAAUGAUCAAUUAAAUGACUACUCAAAGGCGUCAGUCGGUUGGAUUUUCAGUUUAUAUUCAUUUUUCCUUUACUUUGGAAGCGUUCAAGUUGGGCCCGCCUUUGACGCCUAUGGGCUAAAACCCUUGCUUAUACCUGGAUGCAUAGGGCUCAUAGGCUCUAUCAUGAUAUUAAGUGUGGCAAAAGAGUACUAUCAAUUCAUGCUUGGAUUCAGUGUUCUUGGCGGCAUCUCCUCAUCUAUGGUCUUCACCCCUAGCGUCGCUUGUCUUACUCACUGGUUCCUGCGACGUCGUGCGCUAGCMACCGGCAUUGCCGCAACCGCUGGUGGAUUCGGUGGCAUAAUCUUCCCUAUCGUUAUCUACAAUCUUGCUGAAACCGUCGGAUUCCCCUGGGCCAUCCGUAUCUUGGGCUUCAUCUGCUGCGUAUUCUGCAUUCUCUGCAUCCUCCUCCUCAAAACACGGCUUUCACUAUCUACCAAUGCGAACAACAAUGGGAAGAUCAACCUUCGUGCCCUGCGCGAAAUGCCCUUCACUUUCCUCACCAUCGCCAUUAUAUUUAUUGACUUCGCCCUUCUUAUUCCCCUUACCUACCUCCCAUCCUACGCAGAAGCAAACGGUCUGCCCCCUUCCCUCUCCUACCAACUCGCCUCCAUCCUUAAUGCGGCUUCCAUCUUUGGUCGCGCGGUCCCAGGCUAUUUCGCCGACCGUUUCGGUCGCUUCAACGUCAUGAUCAUAACUACCUUCGUCUGCGCUCUGUUCACACUCACAAUAUGGAUGCCCGCUGCGUCCAAUAAUGCCGCCAUCAUCGCAUACGCCAUCGUAUUUGGCUUCUGGAGUGGCUCAGCCAUCAGUUUGGCCCCUGUCUGUGUCGCCCAAAUCUCAGAGACUGCCGAGUAUGGCCGUCGUUAUGGGACUGUAUACUCCUUCGUCAGCGUGGGUGCGCUCGUUGCCAUCCCCAUCGCUGGCGAGAUCCUCUCAGCCAACAGCACGCCCUAUCAUGAAGAAUAUCUCGGAUUAGUUGGGUUCUGUGGCGGGGUAUACUUUCUCGCGGGGGUGUUUUUCACCCUGUCCAGAUGGAAGUGUACCGGCUCCCUAGUUGGGGUAUUCUAA